AUUCUAUAUAACUCUAACACACACUUUAAAUGUUGUUUCGGUCUGUUGUUUUCUUAGCUGUGGUAUGAUAUAUGUGUUAUUUGGUGUUCUAGAACUGUUUCUGCAUGGUGUUUCUCUGAUAAUGGAGGAGUUGAUAUAGCCCAAUAUAUUUGUUCUCUAUAUUAUCUGAAUUGUCCUUCUGGUUAUGGUGUGUUUGAAUGUGGGAAGCAGUCAUUUUCAUUUGUUGGGUGUAUAUUCAGGUGGUGAUCCACUGGGUUGGUCUUUUGUGUUUUUGGCGGGCUAGUUCAGAGGUGGUGGUACUGUAUAUAUUCUGUGGGCUUAUUUAGGGAGUCUGUUUUUGUGUGUAUGUUAUUGUAUAUACACAUUUCUAUUUAGAUUGGUUGGGGUUUUUGAGUAGGGGAUGCAUUUAAGGGAAUUUGUGAGCUUUGCAUUUCUAUGGUGUCCAUGAGGGAUUUAUUGCUUUUUCUAUGGAAUUGUGUUAGUUUUAUGUUUUUUGGUGGAGUGUAUGUGCUUAGCUGCUUCUUCUACCUGCACACGACUGUUUUCACAUAUAUGUGUGACUUUGAGGGGUACAAGAAGAUCUGUGUGGCUUGUCUGUACCUACAAAACUUCCUUAUAUUCCAGCAUUCACAAGUACACACAUUGUUCCUACUAGAACAACACAAUUCAAUUCCUGGGGCAGAAUAGAUUCUAGUUUGUUGUUAUUUCAGUUGUCGGUAGGAGCCUCCUGCUCCACCAUUGCUUUCUUCCAUACUAUGUCAGACCAGCCCAUUGAUAUCAAUAACAUUUCUCAAGAGGAGCAAGUUCAGAAUGAAACUCGAUUGUCUAGCCAACCCAUACCAUCCCCGUCUUCUCCAAAAGACAGUCAUUUGGUUCCUAGUUCCUCAUCACAACAAGGAACAAUACCAAGCGAUGAGAUUUGUGCCCAGUCAGUUGUCAAGCACGAAGAAGCAUUUGAUGGUGCAUUGGUUCCCAAUUUCUUACCACCACAAGGAGCAACCCCAAUCAACAAGAUUUAUCCCCAACCAGUUUUAAAAAAUGAAGAAGCGGUUGCCGAUACUAAAGUGUUCCUUGAUACUUUAAACAAGUUUCAUGCUGCUAUUGGUACAAAAUUCAUGGUUCCAACUAUUGGAGGCAAAGAACUGGAUUUGCGUCUUUUAUACCUGGAAGUUACUUCUCGAGGAGGUCUGAAACAAGUCAUCAAAGACAGGAAAUGGAAAGAGAUAACUGCAGUGUUUAAUUUUCCAUCAACAGCAACCAAUGCAUCCUUUGUUCUACGUAAAUACUACAUUAGCUUGCUUCAUCAUUAUGAGCAAGUUUACUUCUUCGGGGCCCAGGGUCAUCUAAUUCCCCCGCCACCAACCGCUCUACCUGCUCCAAGCCCUGUUUCAAACUCACCAAUUUUAAAUGAGCCUGCUAAUCCACCUUUGGAUGAAGUCCAGCCUCUGAUCAGGAAAAAAAAGAGGAGAGCUUCAACUCCUAUUUCUGGAGUUAGCCCUGCAUCAUCUGUGGGUCAUCCCGUCACUGGAGUUAUAGAUGGAAAGUUCGAACAUGGUUAUCUUGUUACUGUGGUAGUUGGCUCAGAGAAAUUAAGUGGUGUAUUAUACCAGGUGCCGACAGGAUUUUCCAGAGAACAGUUUGCAGAAGUACCUAGUUACUUGAAUAUUCAUAAUAAUGGGGAUGCUGCUUUAGGGGUUCGCCCUCGUCGCCGUCGCAGGAGAAAAGAUGAAAUUAAGAAAAGGGAUCCUGAUCAUCCUAAGCCAAAUAGGAGUGGCUACAAUUUUUUCUUUGCUGAGCAGCAUACAAAAUUGAAAGCAUUGCAUCCUGGCAAGGAUAGGGAGAUCAGUAAAAUGAUUGGUGAUUCAUGGAAUAAUCUAAAUGAAGAAGAAAAAUCAGUUUACCAGGAGCUUGGAUUGAAGGAUAAGGAAAGGUACAGAAGUGAAAUGCAAGAAUACAAAGAGAAACAAAAAUUGCAGUCCCAUGACACAGAAGUGUCGAUUGCUGGAAAUGAAGGAAUAAUUCAACAAUUGGGAAAUCAGCAUGGACUGCAGUUUGAAUGCCAGGGAACUUCCAUUACUACAAUUGAGGGAAUGAAUCUCCAUCUUGCCAAUCAUUCUAGUCUCUGUGAGCACCAACCAGACAAUCAUGAAUCUGUUACAGAAACAACAGGCUUUAAGAUGGCGGAUUUGCCUGAUAUGUCUGACACUAUAAAUACCAUUGUGCCUAAAAAACUGGAAUCUUUGGUUGGUAGCACUGUUUUAGCAGAUCAACAAUGUUCAGUGGAUACCACCAUGUCCAUUAAGGAAGAAAGUUGCAUCCAAGAAGACAAGUGUAAGCAAUUAGUAUCAGAACAAUAAUUCCAAUAAACUAACAAGAUUCUGAUUAGAAUAGCCCAAUGAACUACUCACAUUUAGAAUAGACAUGUAAUGACAAACUAUGCUUAACACUUAGUUCAGUUAUUCAUCUUGAGGGUUUCUUUGUUUUUUGGUUCUGGGUUUGUUGUAUAGUAUGCCUUAAAGCCAGUGUAACUGAGCUGAUUAAAGGAACAGCAAUAUAGUUUGCCAGUGUUGGUGUGCAUCUCUGAACCAGUAAAGUACAGACUAAUUCAUCUUUUUUGUUGCUUGUAAUUGCUGAGGCCUUCCAAGUUGAAAGAUAAUAGGUAAACCGACAAAGUCACAAAAGAUUGUUCAGAUUUGAAUAUCCACAAUAUCAAGCACAAUCAACUUAAUAGCAAAGUUCUUUGUUUUAA